CACAGGCUCGAUCUCUUCCCCGUAGUGUUUGCGAGGUUCCUGUGCACACAUGAUCCGUUCUCUUUCGCUUUCAUUUCCCGGAAGGAUUCUUAAUAUUGCAGCGAUUCGAAUCAGAAAACACAAACUCUGCGGUGCGAGACUGCGACUUUACGCGACAACACAUUGUGUAUUUGGUGCAUAUAUCGAUCAGCUAUUGAUACGGUAAUCAGGUGUUUAUACUGUAGUGAAUAUUUCUGAGUUUGGGAAGUCCUGAAGGUUACAGAACAUGAAUGACGCCUCCUCACCGCCACCUUUGAUAAAGCUUCAGCAGAGCUGCAAUGGGAACGAACCCUCAGUUUGCUCUCCCUCCGUGUACGAGACGGUGCCUGAUGAACUCUGCAAGCUACCUGGAAGACUAUGCAUCAAUCCAUCUUUGUGGAAUAAGGAGGACGUGAAUCUCUGGUUGCGCUGGGCUCAGAGGGAAUAUUCUCUGCGACGUGCGGACCACCAAAAAUUUGAGAUGAAUGGAAAGGCACUUUGUCUUCUCACCAAAGAGGACUUCCGUCUUCGCUGUCCCAGCUCUGGUGAUGUUCUGUAUGAACUCCUUCAACAUGUGAAGCAGCAGAGGAGAUGUGCGAUCUUCAGUCCACUGUCCAGCUCCAACACACAGUCACAUCAGACGCCCAACUCGCACGGGACUACAGUAAAUACAAACUCCUGGGUGUUAAAAGCUGGAUGCAGCACAGAUCAGAGCCAGGAGAAGAAACCUCUGUCUGCUGACCCUGAGCAUUCACAUGGCAUGCACAGAGAGAUUUCACAUCAUUCUUCCAAGGAAAAUAAUCAACAGACAUUGCCAGACAAAACCAGACAACCAGUAAAUGUUUACCGUACAAAUGAGCCUCUCAACCUGUCCAAUAAACCCACAAGACCUGCAAACACCACACAAACCUCGGAGGCCAAUGGAAAGAUUGCAGACUGCAAACUCUUAUGGGACUAUGUGUACCAGCUGCUGUCGGACAGCAGGUAUGAGGCCUUCAUUCGCUGGGAGGAUCCAGACGCCAUGGUCUUCAGAGUGUUGGAUCCCAAUGGACUGGCACGACUCUGGGGCAACCACAAAAACAGGGCCAAUAUGACCUAUGAGAAAAUGUCCAGAGCAUUACGUCAUUACUACAAGCUCAACAUUAUCAAGAAAGAGACAGGCCAGAGGCUGCUCUUCCGGUUUCUGAAGACCCCUGGGGAAAUCAUGCAAGGCAGGUCAGACCGCACAGAACCGCCAGAGUCUCCUGACAGUCCUGCAUCUCCUGACUACAGAGAAGACGCUCUGGAAGUAUCACCUGUAUCGACUCCUGCUACCAUGAGCCCCAGCUCUGACCACAACUUCAGCAUAUCACCAAUCCCAUAACAUUCACUCCCUCGUUCUGAUCCAGGAUCAGCCUUAGUAUUUCAUUAUCCAGACUUUUUAGAAUGGGAAACCCAGAUCUGAUCUUCUGUCAGAGUGAAC